ACGUCGUUUCCUCUUGUGAGUGAACAGCACCGCAAGAUAGCGCAUCACGUACGGGUUGUGGUUUUAACUAACGACAGUGUGUAGCGUUAACAGAGGACACACAAUGGCAGACAAGAUGGAUAUGUCCUUAGACGACAUCAUUAAGCAAACUAGGCAGCAGCGCGGUGGAGGCGGGCGCGGCGGCGGGAGAGGAGGCCGCGGCAGCCGGGGAGGCACAGGCCGCGGCGGUGGCGCCGGACGGCUCGGAAAUACAGGCGGAGGCUUCGGAGGCCGCGGAGGAGGAUCGGGCCCCAUGAGGAACCGCCAGAACCUGAGCCGCGGCAGAAGCAGACCUACGCCGUACAGCAGGCCCAAGCAGCUCCCAGACAAGUGGCAGCAUGACCUGUUUGACAACGGCUACAGUGUGAACGCAGGAGGCGGUGGUGGAGGUGGAGCAGGCAUGGAGACCGGUGGCAAACUUCUCGUGUCCAAUCUUGACUUUGGGGUCUCUGAUGCAGACAUCCAGGAACUCUUCGCAGAAUUCGGCACUUUGAAGAAAGCGGCGGUACAUUACGAUCGGUCGGGACGCAGCCUUGGCACUGCUGAUGUUCACUUUGAGAGGAAAGCGGACGCCUUGAAAGCUAUGAAGCAGUACAACGGUGUUCCUCUUGAUGGUCGUCCAAUGAACAUACAGCUCGUUACAUCACAGAUCGAUGCACAGAGGCGGACUCCAAUGCAGGGUCUUAAUCGUGGAGGUGGCGGCGGUGGUGGCGGCAUGAACAGAAACAGGAUUGGAUCCUUCAGCACACAGAAAGGUCGAGGAGGACGUGGUGGUGGUGGUGGUGGUGGAGGAUCCAGAGGUCGGGGACGAGGGGGAAGAGGUGGCAACAGCAAACAGCAGCUCUCUGCUGAAGAGUUGGACGCUCAGCUAGAUGCCUACAACGCUAGGAUGGACACCAGCUAAAUACCAGCGCGUCGUCUCAUUCCCCUCUUUUCCAACGUGGAAGAGUGGACGUCAUUGUUAUAGCUAACGAACAUGCUGGAUGUUUUACACUUGUGUCUUCAGAAGUGAUUUAAAUUUGUGUACCUUUCUCAUUUUAAAACGCUCGUGUUUUUUACCUGCUUUGUUUAUUUGUUCCUUUUUUCUUUUUGAGAAAAACCUGGUUGAACUGUAGGAUUUAGGGGUGGGCUUGUCUGAGCCAUCCUUAUGUAGAUCACUGUAAUAAAACCUGCAGUUAUUUCAUAACCACACAA